CAGCACAGCUUCUCAAUAUUCCAUCAAAAUCCUUACAUUUCCCUUACCCAUUCUGUUUCUCUCUGUUUUCUUCCUCAAAAGAAUUAUUCAAAUACAUAGAAAGGCAAAAAAGAAAAGAAAAAAGAAACCAACCCUUUUGAAUGUUAACACAAAUUUGUGGUGUGAACUGGGAAAAUGUUGAAAAUGUCAAAGAUUAUGGUAGUGUUUUUGGGUUUGUUUUUGUGGGUUUGUUCUUCUGUAAUGGCUUCUGUAACUUAUGAUCACAAAGCCAUAAUCAUCAAUGGCCGAAGAAGGAUUUUGAUUUCUGGUUCUAUUCAUUACCCAAGAAGCAUUCCUCAGAUGUGGCCAGACCUUAUUCAGAAGGCUAAAGAUGGAGGGUUGGAUGUUAUUGAGACAUAUGUGUUCUGGAAUGGCCAUGAACCUUCUCCUGGUCAGUAUAAUUUUGAAGAUAGAUAUGAUUUGGUGAGAUUUGUGAAGCUGGUUCAUCAAGCAGGUUUAUAUGUUCAUCUAAGGAUUGGUCCAUAUGUUUGUGCAGAAUGGAACUUUGGUGGAUUUCCUGUUUGGUUAAAGUAUGUUCCUGGAAUUGCCUUCAGGACAGACAAUGGACCCUUUAAGGCGGCUAUGCAAAAGUUCACUGAGAAGAUUGUCGGUCUGAUGAAGGGAGAGAAGUUGUAUGAAAGCCAAGGAGGACCCAUUAUUCUGUCGCAGAUUGAGAAUGAAUAUGGACCAGUGGAGUGGGAAAUAGGUGCCCCUGGUAAAUCUUACACCAAAUGGGCUGCUCAAAUGGCAUUAGGUCUUAACACUGGAGUACCAUGGGUGAUGUGCAAACAAGAUGAUGCCCCUGACCCUGUGAUUGACACGUGCAAUGGAUUUUACUGUGAAAACUUCAAACCAAACAAAGUUUACAAACCCAAAAUGUGGACAGAAGCCUGGACUGGUUGGUUCACUGAGUUUGGUGGCCCAGCUCCUUAUCGGCCAGUUGAAGACAUGGCCUAUUCUGUUGCAAGAUUCAUACAAAAUGGUGGUUCUUUCAUUAAUUAUUAUAUGUACCAUGGAGGAACUAACUUUGGCCGAACUGCUGGCGGACCGUUUAUCGCCACUAGCUAUGACUACGAUGCCCCCAUUGAUGAGUAUGGUCUACUAAGGGAACCAAAAUGGAGUCAUCUUAGAGAUCUUCAUAAAGCCAUCAAGUUGUGCGAACCCGCUCUUGUAUCGGUAGAUCCUACUGUGUCGUAUUUAGGAAGCAACCAAGAGGCUCAUGUCUUCAAGACAAGAUCAGGGUCAUGUGCUGCAUUUCUAGCAAACUAUGAUGCAUCAUCUUCUGCAACAGUCACCUUUGGAAAUAAUCAAUAUGACUUGCCACCUUGGUCUGUUAGCAUCCUUCCCGACUGCAAAUCUGUCAUUUUCAACACUGCAAAAGUCGGAGCUCCAACGUCACAGCCUAAGAUGACGCCGGUUAGUUCUUUUUCAUGGCUUUCAUACAAUGAAGAAACUGCCUCUGCAUAUACUGAGGAUACAACCACCAUGGCUGGCUUAGUGGAGCAAAUUAGUGUAACCAGGGAUUCAACCGAUUAUUUGUGGUACAUGACAGAUAUAAGGAUCGAUCCGAACGAAGGCUUCCUGAAAAGUGGACAAUGGCCUCUUCUCACAGUUUUUUCAGCAGGCCAUGCUUUGCAUGUGUUCAUUAAUGGCCAACUAUCUGGAACUACGUAUGGGGGGUCAGAGAAUUACAAAUUAACAUUCAGUAAAUACGUUAACCUAAGGGCAGGAAUUAACAAGCUUUCUAUACUAAGUGUUGCUGUCGGUCUCCCGAAUGGUGGCCUGCAUUAUGAGACUUGGAAUACUGGCGUUUUAGGUCCUGUCACAUUGAAGGGACUGAAUGAGGAUACAAGAGACAUGUCUGGAUAUAAAUGGUCUUACAAGAUUGGCUUGAAAGGAGAAGCAUUGAAUCUCCAUUCUGUUAGUGGAAGUAGUUCUGUUGAAUGGGUGACAGGCUCAUUGGUGGCUCAAAAACAACCCCUCACAUGGUACAAGACAACUUUCGAUUCACCAAAAGGCAACGAACCGUUAGCUUUAGAUAUGAGCAGCAUGGGUAAAGGUCAAAUAUGGAUAAACGGUCAGAGCAUUGGGCGUCAUUGGCCUGCUUAUACGGCAAAAGGUAGCUGUGGCAAAUGCAACUAUGGUGGAAUCUUUAAUGAGAAGAAAUGUCAUUCAAACUGUGGAGAGCCAUCACAGAGAUGGUAUCAUGUUCCUCGCGCUUGGUUGAAAUCCAGUGGGAAUGUGUUGGUGAUUUUUGAAGAAUGGGGUGGUAAUCCUGAGGGGAUCUCUUUGGUUAAGAGAUCCAUUUCCUAACAACACACAAAGAAACUUUUCCAUUGGAGGCUAACAGAUCAGCUCAACCAUGUCUCUCAUAUUUCUCUCUUGUUUUAGUAAAUACACACAGAAUUAUGAAAGUAUAAGGAUUGAACUUCCACUUCAAAUUUGCAAGUGAACAAGUGGAGAAGAAUAAAAGGAAAUCAAACACCAUUUUUAUGGCAAUUGUAGAUAGGGGAAGAAGUUUGUUGUGUAUGUAGGAAAUAAAUGUAUUUUUGGGUUCAAAACUUUGAUCCCAUAUUUAUUUAUUUGUGAGGUUUGUAAUGAUCCAAAUUAUUGGUGGAGAGGAAUAUACAAAUACCAACAUCAUCAUUCUACUUUACUUUUAAACAGGAAUAAUGGAUUCUAAGUGACACCCUAAUGUAUUUCAUAUGAAUGCUCUUUGCUCAA